CCUGUUUUUGGCUAUAAGGAACUCCCCUAUAGUUGGUGUAGGGUUUAAGAGAAGAAGAUGAUCCUGACUCCAACAAUCCCUACACACAGCAACAGGAACGCUGAUUCAACUCACCAUCGAUUACUCGAAGCCGUGAAGACUGCUCUUAUCAAGAUAUUCGUCUCCCCAUACGCCACUGUCUGUGAUUUGUAUUGCGGAAGAGUUCCGGAUGAAGAGAGGUGGGACGAAGCUCAAAUCGGUCACUUUAUUGGAAUUGAUGAAGCGUCAUCUGGAGUUAGCGAGGUCCGAGAAGCAUGGGAAAGUCAACGCAAGACUUACACCUCUGACUUUUAUGAGCUUGACCCCUGCAUCGAAAACUUGGAAGCAAAUUUAGGGGAUAAAGUAAAUACAGCGGAUGUAGUUUGUUGCAUGCAACAUUUGCAGUUUUGUUUUGAAACCGAGGAGAAAGUACGGAGACUUCUGCAGAAUGUAUCAUCUUUGUUGAAACCAGGGGGCUAUCUUAUGGGUAUUACUCUGGACUCAUCUACUAUAUGGGCAAAGUAUCAGAAAAAUGUUGAAGCAUAUCACAACCGGAGUGGUGGUAUGAAGGCAAACGUUGUUCCGAAUUGCAUUCGGUCAGAGAACUAUAUGAUCACUUUUGAAGUUGAAGAAGAGAAGUUUCCAUUUUUUGGAAAGAAGUACCAGCUGAAGUUUGCAAACGAAGCCUCUGCAGAAACACACUGUUUGGUACAUUUUCCAAGUUUGAUCAGGUUGGCCAGAGAAGCUGGGCUUGAAUAUGUGGAGAUACAAAACCUGCUGGAAUUUUAUGACGAUAAUAGAGUACAAUUUUCGGAGAUGCUUCUAGAAGCCGGUCAUGGUCUUCUGGACCCCAGAGGGAGGCUCUUACCAAAAUUCUAUGAUAUACUAGGUUUGUAUACUACAUUCAUAUUUCAAAAGCCUGAUCCCGAUAUUGCCCCUCCGCUUAUGACCCCAUUAGUGCAUGAGACCCAAAUCAUUGAUGAAAGGGAGUGGCAAGGUAGCGCAUUUAGGGAUGAAGAUAAAAGUGGACCAUCACAUACUGAUUCAGGUUUCAGCAUUGGGAAAAUAACCGAACAAAAAGGGAUUUUAGGUCCAGGACCCGCAGACUUGCGUUUUUCAGAAGCUAUGUAACCUUCCGGUACUCAAUGUAACAAACUUCAGUUUAAACAAGUUCAGCCUUGCUGUUCUAUUUUGAGACCAUUCAUGCGAGUUCAUUUUUUAUGGUGGUUUCUCAAUGUAUGAUAAUAAUCUAGAUUUGUAAUGCGUCACCGACUGUUUCAAACGAGGUUCUUGUUGUAAUUGUUUCUAAAAGUGUUGUAUAGGAGAGAUGCAUGGCUAGCUGCGGGUUUGCUA